AUGGCGUCCGCCACCGGGAACUCGAGCCUGCGGAGCUGCUCCUCCCUUCCCAACCUGCUGGUCUGGCUCCUCAACCUCUCCCUCCUCGUCCUCGCCGCCGCGGCGCUCGGCCCGGUCUUCCUCUUGCGCCCGCGCCCGACGCCCUUCGGCUGGGCGCUCGUCUCCGUGCACGCCACCACGCUGCUGUCCGCACUCGCGGCGCUCCACGCCCAGCUUACGCACCUCUGCCUCGCCGCGCACGCGGCGCUCGCGCUCGCUGCGCUGUCCGGACACGCGCUGGCCUCCCUGGCCUUCUUCCUCCGCCACGACCACAGCCUCCGCCUCCUCGGCUCCGCCAGGGACCGCCGGGAGCAGUUCGUGCUGGCGUUCCUGGAGGAGCUGCUGCUGCUGGCCAUGUUCACGGCGCAGGCCGUGGCGCUGGCGGCCACGUGCGUGGUGAGCCGGCGGUGGGCGAGGGAGUACCAGGCGGCCGAGACGGAGAAGGCGGCCGCGGCGAGAAAGCGAGGGAGGAAGAUGGCGCGUGUGCAGGCCGAGUCGGCGGCCGCCGCGGAGGCCGGGGUGAAGGCCGUCGACGAGAAGGUGAUGCGGAGCAGCAGCGGCAAGAAGGUGCACUGGGCCAACAACGAUGGAUUCGAAGAGUGCUAG